AAAACUAAGUAUAAUUUUUUUAAUAAUUAAAUUUUCUACAUAGCUACAUAACUAUUUUCAACAGUUUUAAGUGAAGUCUUAUACUGAAAUUACCAUUUGUUUUAGACAAAUUAUAAAAAGGGUAACAGUUUGUCGUGGUUUCUUUCAGUGCGGGUCUAGCUUAUGACUGCACACAUGUGAAAAUGGCUGACGCCUUUAGCGAUGAACUGUUUGAAGUUUUUGAAGAAAAGUCUACACCUCUGCCAGUUGCCCGACCUAGCGAAACAGUAGAUGUUGAAGUAAAGCCGUCAAGAAGCGACGCUGAAAGAGCAGAGGAUUUGCUCAGAAAAAUUACAUCAAAAAGACCAGCAGAAGGUGACACAAAUGAAGGGAUUGGGAAAAAGGCAAAGACUGAAGAUGGAGGAAGUUCUGUUGAAAUUAUGCCUCGAAUUCAAGUUCACAAAGUAGAAACAGUAGAGGCUUGUCUUCAUGAGGUGGCAGUUCCACCUGAACAGGACUUUGUCCCUCUGGUUCAGUCACAGAGCAAACCUGCGAAAGAAUACCCAUUCAUCCUUGACCCUUUUCAGAAGGAGGCUAUCUUGUGUCUGGAAAACAAUCAGUCUGUCCUUGUCUCUGCACACACAUCAGCUGGAAAGACUGUUGUAGCUGUGUAUGCCAUAGCAAUGUCUCUGCGUGAUAAGCAGCGAGUCAUCUACACAUCACCCAUCAAAGCAUUGAGCAACCAAAAAUAUCGGGAGUUGUAUGAGGAGUUUCAAGAUGUUGGUCUGAUGACAGGAGACGUCACCAUAAAUCCGACAGCCAGCUGCCUGGUCAUGACAACAGAGAUCUUGCGUAGCAUGCUGUACCGUGGUUCAGAAAUCAUGCGUGAGGUGGCCUGGGUAAUUUUUGACGAGAUCCACUACAUGAGAGACAAAGAACGUGGUGUUGUAUGGGAGGAGACCAUUAUACUACUUCCAGACAAUGUUCACUAUGUUUUCCUAUCUGCUACCAUUCCCAAUGCCACCCAGUUUGCUGAGUGGGUUUGCCAUUUGCAUCAUCAGCCGUGUCAUGUUGUGUAUACUGAUUACCGUCCUAUCCCUCUGCAACACUACAUCUUCCCAGCUGGAGGGGAUGGGCUGCACUUGGUUGUUGAUGAAAAUGGAGAUUUUCGGGAAGAGAAUUUUAAUACUGCCAUGGCAGUGCUGCGAGAAGCUGGUGAUGCAGCUAAGGGAGAUCAGCGUGGCAGGCGUGGAGGUGUCAAAGGAGCUCACGAAUCAAGCAUAUUCAAGAUCGUAAAGAUGAUCAUGGAGAGGAAUUUUGCCCCUGUCAUUAUCUUCAGCUUCAGCCGCAAGGAAUGUGAGGCUUACGGCAUGCAGAUGUCCAAGCUGGACUUUAAUACUGAGGAAGAAAAGAAGCUGGUUGAAGAGGUAUUUAACAAUGCAAUUGAUUCUUUGUCAGACGAAGACAAGAAACUUCCACAGGUUGAGCAUCUUUUACCAUUGCUGAAGAAAGGUAUUGGCAUUCACCAUUCAGGCUUACUGCCUCUUCUGAAGGAGACAAUAGAGAUUCUGUUCUCUGAGGGCCUCAUUAAGGCAUUGUUUGCCACUGAGACAUUUGCCAUGGGGCUCAACAUGCCAGCAAGAACAGUUCUUUUUACAAGUUGUCGAAAAUUUGAUGGCAAAGACUUCAGAUGGGUGACUUCAGGUGAAUACAUUCAGAUGAGCGGGCGUGCUGGACGACGUGGACUAGAUGAACGUGGCAUUGUUAUUCUUAUGGUGGAUGAUCUAAUGAGUCCUAAUGUCGGCAAAGCCAUUGUUAAGGGCUCUCCCGACCCUCUGAACAGUGCCUUUCAUCUGACCUACAACAUGGUGCUUAAUCUUCUGAGAGUGGAAGAAAUCAACCCUGAGUAUAUGCUGGAGCGGUCUUUCUACCAGUUCCAGAAUUAUGCUGCCAUUCCAGGACUCUUAGAAAAACUCAAGAAAUGUGAAGAGAAAUACAACGCCAUGUCUGUUGCCGAUGAAGACCAGGUUUCUUCUUACUUUCGCAUCCGCCAGCAGUUGGACAACCUGGGGAAAGAACUACGUUCCUUCGUUCUUAAGCCAGUUUACCUUCUUCCUUUCUUACAGCCUGGUCGGCUUGUUAAGGUGAAAAACAAAGAUGAUGACUUUGGUUGGGGUGUGGUGGUAAAUUUCCAGAAGAAACUUGAUCAGUCAGGAGCUACAGAAGACAGUGGACCACUUUAUGUUGUGGAACUUUUGUUAAAUCUGAGCAAGGACAGCAGUCGCAGCCGCAAUACAUCCAACAUUAAGCCUUGUCCAAAAGGAGAGAAGGGGGAAAUGCAGGUGGUGCCCAUCACGACAAAACUAAUUCACUUUUUAAGUGCUAUUCGUGUUUACAUCCCUAAUGAUCUUCGUUCUGCAGAACACAGGCUCAGCGUCCUCAAAUCUCUUCAGGAAGUAGAAAAACGUUUUCCUGAUGGCAUUCCCCUACUGGAUCCUAUCGAAGACAUGGGGAUCAAAGAGAAGGGACUCAGUGAGGUUGUCAAGAAAAUUGAAGCCUUUGAACACAGACUGUAUACUCACCCAUUGCACAAAGACCCUCGGUUGGAGGACCUGUACUCCACAUAUGAAAAGAAAACAGAACUAGGGAACAGAGUGAAAGCACUACGGCUGGAGCUAAAGAAAAAGAAAUCCCUGCUACAGAUGGAUGAGCUUAAAUGUCGUAAACGUGUGCUGAGACGUCUGGGCUAUUGUACAGCUUCUGAUGUCAUUGAAACAAAAGGUCGAGUGGCUUGUGAAAUUUCAAGUGGUGAUGAGUUGGUGAUUACCGAACUCCUCUUCAACAAUGUUUUCAAUGACCUGAGCCCAGCACAGUGUUGUGCCCUGCUGUCCUGUUUUGUAUUCCAGGAGCGGGCAUCAGAGAUGCCAAAGCUAUCUGAAGAACUGUCAGGCCCACUGAGGCUUAUGCAGGACACAGCCAAACGGAUAGCCCGUGUCAGUAAGGAAGCUAAGCUGGAAAUAGAGGAAGCUGAGUAUGUUGAAUCUUUCCGUCCCCACAUGAUGGAUGUGGUGUAUGAGUGGUGUAAUGGCUGUUCCUUUGCCAAAAUCUGCAAGAUGACAGACAUCUUUGAAGGCAGUGUCAUUCGAUGUGUGCGACGACUGGAGGAGACCCUUAGACAGAUGGUGCAAGCCUCCAAAGCUAUUGGCAACACUGAGCUUGAGAAUAAGUUUGCAGAAGGCAUACGGUUAAUAAAGAGGGACAUCGUGUUUGCAGCAAGUUUGUAUUUGUGAGUCACUGUGUUCAUCAGUAAAUCAUUACGUUCAUCAGUGGAUUUCUAUGUUCAUCAGUGGAUCUCUUUUUAUUUUUUUACUGCCAGCCGUCAUUGACUUGUGGACUUGUGUGUUGGCAUGAAAAUAAUUUUGCUGUUGAUUGCACAUCAACAGCUCAGUUCUCCACUACCAUACUUAGUAAUGGUUUCAUGUAGAUGACACAUGCCUAGACAAAACAGGUGAAACUACCAGAGAACUGGACAACAUGUUAACACCAUGAUAUUUUUAAUGUGCAUAUGUAAAUAUAACUAAUACUGUCGGGAAAAAAUGAGAAAUAAAUGCUGUUGUUUUAAAAUUACAGUGUUGAUAUUUUUUUUUUUUUACUUUAUUUAGUAAGUCUAUUUAAACUUUUUAUAGUGACUCACAAAACCCAGUUAAUAUGGAAAAUCUCACUUGCCAAAAAAAGAGUGUGGGUCAGAGGUCUCAUUGCAAGCAAGAUUUUAUACUAUUCUUGACCGACUUGAAUGCUUAUAUUUUGACAUUAGUUGUUAUCAAAUGUCCGUGAUGCAGUAUUAAAACUAUGAUACUAAUAAGUUAAGUCUGAAUGUUUUGGUAUCAGCAAUCUGAACGUAAAAUAAAAAUCUAGACCUUU